AAGUUUAAUGGCACACUGAAGACAAUGUUAAGAUGCUUGUGUACAGAGAAGCCUAGGCAGUGGAACCGGUACAUAGAUGCACUCUUAUUUGCGUAUCGAGAAGCACCUCACGAGUCUACAGGGUUUUCGCCCUUUGAACUGAUUUAUGGACGGACAGUGCAGGGUCCUAUGUGUAUUCUUUGCCACCUAUGGACAUGAGAAGGAGAUGAUGUGGACGUGUGGACAAGCUACCAAUACGUUACCGAGCUAAGAGAAAGACUCGAGGACACGUUACGGAUAGCUCGCGAGGAGCUACAGAAGGCCCAGUGACACCAGAAAAGGUAUUACGAUCUGAAAGCUAGACAUCGCGAACUGUCAGUGGGUGAUAAAGCCCUUGUUCUUCUACCUACGGACACGAACAAACUAUUAAUGAAAUGGAAGGGGCUUUAUGUAGUGAAGGAGAGAGUCGGAUUGAAUGACUAUAGAAUUGAUGUCGGGGGCAAAACCAAGGUGUAUCACAUCAAUCUUUUGAAGAGAUUCCACGAACGGGAGAAGGAAGCAUUUAGUCACAAGGGAGGACCGGUGUUAAAUACCGUUUGUUCCGCUGUCAUUGAAGCAACGGAAAGUGUGACGGGAGAAGCAGUGAUCAACGAUGAUUUGCUUGACUUGUGCACUUGCUUGGCUACUGAGACCUUUGAGGACGUAAAGUAUGGGAGUGAGCUAAGUUCCGAUCAGGUGUCGGAGGCAGCGGGACUGGUAGAGGAAUUUGAGUGCGUGCUUACAGAUCUUCCUGGAACAACGAAUUUGACGGAACAUCGCGUAUGGUUGACGGCUGAUAUACCAGUGCGCUGUAAACCAUAUGUCGUCCCCUAUAGUGUAGGCAAGUCUCUGCAAGAGGACAUCCAAAGGAUGAUAGACAUGAACAUCAUACACCCGUCGGAGUCGCCGUACUCAUCGCCUGUUGUCGUGGUUCACAAAUGUAACGGAUCACCAACCGCUCCAAUACCUAAACAGGGCAAAGUACAUAAACGACCGUAUCAUUUGCUGGGCCCUGUAUUUGCAAGGAUUCAACAUGAAGAUCGAAACUAUUAAGGGAUGGGAAAACAAUGCAGCUGACUUUUUGAGCUGUUUGAUUGACAACGUUGAUAAUGGAGAUGGAGCAGAAACUUGUGAAGUUUCGAUUCGAGAGGGUGUGGUGUAACACAUGUCUAACGAGAAGCCACAGUCUGACUUUUGGGUUACCAAAUAAGGGAAUUUGGGUGGGGUUAACUAAUGACUGGGGUAGGAUUGCUAUAUAUAUACGCCAGUUGUGUAGAGUCAAAUUAGUGUGUAAUGUGGAAG